CGCCAACCGCCGCGUCGAACGUCGGUCCAGAGGCAGCCAUUCGUCGAUUUAUGCGGCUGCCGCACCGCUUCUGAUGCGUCGGGCAGCCGUAGACCAGUGACCGCAAUGCCGCCUGGUAAACUGCACCCCACAACCAUGCAGCCCCCGCGCCGCGUCCACGCCGUCGCCGCGUGUUCGGAAAGGCAAUGCUUCUCGGUGAGCACCAUGGACCCGGCGUGGCGCGCGAAGUGGCGGCCCGAAGUCGCCGUGGCCAAGGGCGGUCGCGUCGAGGUCUGGGCGGAGGUCGACCAAAAGCUCGAGUUAAUUGCAACCUCCGACGACUCCCACGAGCGCGUCGUGGCCCUGGCCGUGACGUGCGCACACGAUCGGGACGCCGUCGUCGUCGUCGACGAAGAGAAUCGAGGAUCGUUGCGAUGGACGGCGCUCGUCGUCGAGGGAUCAACUCUGUCGAUUAUCGCGCGGAGCGGCUUCGGCAUAAGUGGUGUGAGGAGCCCCGCCAUUGUUGUCGCGCCGUUAGUGAACGACGAAGGUACGAAAAGUACGGCCCUUAUCUUCGCGUGGUCGGCUGGAAAAUUCGCGGCCGUCGAAUGCGUGGGCAAGACGGCGAAGCCCGUCGACGCGCCCUUCGAGGGGUUCGUCACGAGCGCCACGUGUCUCGAAAACCAGCGCAUGUGCCUCGCCCUUGUUUCGCAGGAGGCGAUAGAGACCACAACUGUGGUGUGCUUCGACACCCCCAAAGGAUUGGUGGUCGAGGAGGGCCCCUGGCGCGUCGACCACGUGUCACCCGGGGCUUGCGUUUGUAGUGUGCGCCAGGGCGCGGCCGUGGCGUGCGUCGCGGCUUACGAGUGUAGACUCUUCCGUUCAUCCAACGGCGAAAGUUUUGGGGUAGUGACGAUCGACGAGCCGCACCGGGUGGUGCCGUACCUCGUGCUACCUCUGGGGGACGCUGUAAUAGUGUGCUCCGAACAGGGCACGGAGGCGUUGCGGUUUGAUGAGCACGGUCUGGCGAAUCGCGUCGUGACGUCGAAAGUCUUUGACUGCGCCGCGCGUCUGGGCGAUCGCUGCCUCGGCGCCGGUCCCGCCGGCGCUGCUCUCGUCAAGUUCUCGGGCGACGCGGCGUCGACGGCGACGAACGUGCUGGAUGCGAGCGGAGACGUGGGCGACGCGUGCCUCGUUCAUGAGAGGGUCGUGUGUGUCGGUGGUGGUAUGUUGUGGAGUCGCCACGAUCGUUUAGUGGACGAUGGAGUGUAUGAUCUCACGGUGCCGCGGCACGAGCUCUUCGCCACUAAACUAAAAGAUGCGACGCUCGUGGUUGCUGGCGACGUUGCUGUCGUGCUCAAAGGCGACAACUUCGUUAAGUCGGGCAGGAUCGCUUCCAUACUAUCUCAUGGCACGCUCGCGCUCGGCUUCGACGGAAGUCGCAUCGUGCACGUGGGCACCGACGGCCUCCGCACCUGUGACGUGAAUGGAGAUUGUGUUGAGUUCCACGGCACCUACGUCGUGAACCGCUUCUGCUGCGCGUCGAUAGAUGGGGGUCGCAUCGUUGCCGCGGGCCGCGACGAGCUCGUGGCCCUCGACGCCGCGGGCCGGAAACUCGCCUCAAAAAGGUUACCUCAUGAAAUAUAUGCGCUCCACCUGCGAGGUUCGAAGGUGGCCGUGGCGUACGGUCGCGACGCUGUUAUUUUAACGCUCGACACACUAGACACCGUGGAGCAGGUGGCGUUGACGGACCCGGCGUCGGACGUUAGAAUACUGAAGGACGGGACGCUGGCUGUACUAUUGCCGGACGGCGUCCUCGUGGACGGGAAACGCAUGUUUGUCAAAAACGUUUUGACCUUUGUCUCAGACAACAUCGUUCAGACGGGCGACGGGGCCGUCGUGAACUAUCACGAUGGGUGUCAAUUGGGCACCGGAGACUACGUUUCUAUUGGCAAAGACUUCGUCAGGAGAGAUGGGCGGGGCCGCCUGAGCCGCGCGAGCCUGAGGACUGAGGUCCUAGCGACGGCCGUCGGCGCCGCUUCAUCUGUAGCAUCAAUGGGAGACUACCUUGCCGCGGCUGGUGGUCCUUCAGUACGCUUCUACGACGGGGCGUUCGCGGAAGUUUGUUCAGUAGAGCUGUCAGGCGCCGUGAUCGCGGUCUGUCGAAGCCGGGGCCCCGAGGGGGCGCCGGGCGUCUCCAUCAUUACGAAGGAUGCGCUAGCCGUCUGCGAGCUAAGAGGAACGAACGGCCGGCUGGCUUGUAUUGCUCUCGGGGCGUGCGAUGUUGAUGGAGAGCCGCGGUGCGCCUCAGAAUUUAACGAUGCGAUCGCGGUCGCCGCCGGGGCUUCUCUGCAUGUCGUGGGCUGGGUCAACAACGGAAAAAGUGCUGACGAGUGGCGCCUGCCGUCCUACGACUUGAAAGUACUGGCGUCGGCCUCUACUCCAUCGACCGUGACGGCCCUCGCAUGUACCAAAAAUUGCGUCGCCGUCGCGGCCGAGGGCCACGCCGUCUCUGUGUUUUCGUACAAUGGCGGGGAUCUACAAAUGGUGGCUUUAGCUCAGGAUCCGAGUGUGGUGCGGUGCCUCGGCUUUGCCGGUUCCCAGUUGAUACUGGGGUGCGACCGGUACGUGAAGGUCCUGGACGUUUCGGAAGACUCAGCGCGGGUCCUCGGGCCGCCAUCUCAUGCUCCUUGCGUGCGGCGGCUGACCGCGGGCCGCGCUUGUGCGUUAUCGUCGCCGGCGCGCCGCGUGCUCUCUGGUGGGGUUGUUGUUUGUGCGAGUGGGGGGGUAAUUUCUCUUGAGCUCUAG